AUGGACAGUCGAACGGACACGUCUUCAUCGGGCCGCUUUGCUGGGCAAUGGGCCUUUCUGACCUCGCCUUCACGCCAGGCGCAACCAAGGUCUCUUCCGCAAACCUCGAGCUACCUGCGCGGCGACAAUAGCAAUGUCUCACCCUUUCUACAUAUCCAGCAACUCAACGUCUCACGAUCCAGCUUGUCCAGAAAUGCCAAAACCAGGUCUGUGGGGGGCCAGAGCACCACCACCAUUCCUUCUCAACCGGUCCUCGUUCGCGUCCAUUCUGCCAGUGCCUCUAUUCAAAUCCACCCUGAAACUCGGCCCAAGAAACUCAAAGAGAACAUGAGCAAAGACCGCGAAUUGCCUGCAAUUCAUGAGUACAGCAUCCGAGGGAUUUUGGCCGCAGUUCACGAGGAGGUCGAAGACGACGUCAACGCAAUCUCUGAAAUCCUGGGGAGGAGCAGACUCGUUCUGGCCGACGAACAUGAAAAUCAUUUGCCUCCUCAGGGUGAGAUCAGAGCUGCUCAGAACCAACUGCAAGUUGUGGCAGAAGCUAGCGCGAGCAACGAAAUAUUGGCUUCCGCAGACGAUGUGCUCAUUCUAGCAGACGACGCAAGUCUCGUAGCGGACAGUCAAACAGGCUCUUUCGCAUUCGGACUCUUGGAGAGGAUGCAAGUACAUCAGCGCAGCAGGAGUGGCAUGUCUGAUGCUGUGGGACAACGCAGUUCUCGGCCUCUGUCCACUUUUAACGGUAACCCUUCGUCGCCUGAGAUCGCAUAUGCUGCCGGCCAAGUCCAUGACCGGGCCACCACAGCUGCAGCGGCACAGUCAUCUCGACGCCUACUACCAAACCAGCUACGUCAAAGUCAAGACGUUCAAUCUUUGUCAAGAAGUACGAAUCCGGUUGUCUCCGAGACCUAUGUCUCUCCAGGAGCAGAUUCCGGAACCGUACUAACCCCAUCUCCAUUGUCGGGGGACGUUCACACCUAUACGCUCUACGGCUAUGAUGAAAAUGAGCUGUUGGGCGAUUCGCCGCUGCCACCCUCACUCACACGACGGACAUUUCUUGAUCGGCUUUGGUCAUUGAUACCAACAGAGGACAUUUCCAGACUCUUUUCCUGGAGACAGGGUCGAAAUGAGCGCGUGGUGACUGCAGAAUCGCAAUUGAGAGAUAUUAUGUACCGGCAAGAACAACGACGCCAAUGA